GAAUAUGGCGGCCGUGUCACAGUACUGGUCGAGGCACAAAAAAAACUCUCCCCACGCGUGGUUUAAAGGCUGUAUAUUCCAGCAUAUAUGGCGAGAAAAACAACAUAGCUUUGCUUUAGGUGAGUGUAACUAAUUUUUUGCCUCUUUGAGUAGCUUUAGUGUAUUGGGAAAAUUUUCUCGCCAUGAAAUUGUUACAUUGUAUUCAUUUGUGUUGUGCCACAAAUCACACGUGGUUACCGUGAAAUCUACAACGAUGGAGGCUUUGAUCAAGUGCAUCGUUAGACAAAAAGAAAACAUAAUUAGUGAAGAAACGUCCCAAAGCUGAAUGAGAUUUGAAAACGGGAUAGAUUUUUUAAGAGAAAUGCAAGAUGAUGUUUUAUUGAAUUGCGAAUUAUAGUUAAUGUUGAGAAAGGUUCUUUCCCCAUUGAUUGAGGUUUCACGAGCCAAGUAUGGUUUAAAAUAUGCUUCUUUGAGACAAUGCGUUUUGUUGUAGUGCAAUUUUAUCCUUGGUUUUAAUAUUCUUCCCCUUAACUUUGGGAAUGGUUUACGUAAUAUUUUAGUUUUGAAAGAAGGAAGGAAUUAAACCAAAUUGUAGAUUACUUUCUCUAACAUUCUUUUGUAAUCAAUGUUCGAUAAUCUGGAAACUUAAAAUUUGUUUCCUGGACUAGGUCAAAAUAGAUCAUAUCGCCUGCAGCACAUCACGUAUCUCACAAGAAUGCUGCUGGACUGUUUACUGAGCCAUAGAUUUGAUGAAGCCCUGGAGUGUCUUGUUGGAUUAUGUGGAUUUUGUAGAAGAAUACCUGAACUGUUUUGGCGAGUGAGUUGCAACAUAUCCUAUAUAUUAGUUUAACCCUUUAACUCCCAUGAGUGACCAAGAUAGAAUUUCUCCUUACUAUAACUAUACAAUAUCAUGCAGACAAGUGAUGAGAAUAAAGAAAAAUAUCAGUUAUGGGAUUGCUAAUUGAUCCAAUACCAAAUUCUCCAAACUAACAUAAUGAGAAUUAUUUGGCAGACAGUAAAGAGAAUUACUAAUGAGAUCUAGGAAGUUACAGGGAUAAGUCUGUAUUCAAGCCAAGUGACCCAUCUAGCGUGAGUUUAUCCUGGUUUCAAUAACUUGAAAUGACUAGGAGAAGUAGGACACUCCCCUGGAUGGGAUGCCAGCCCAUUGCAGGGUAACCUCCUCAGCAUUUCAUCAGGUGUCUAUGACAGUUCACUAGUACCCAUAUAUACACCUGGGUGGAGAGAGGCAUGGGGAGAGUAAAGUGUCUUGUCCAAGAACACAACACAAUGACCUAGCCAUGUCUUGCAGCCAGACCUCUCUACUGGGAUUCUUUGUCCACUGUGUCUCUUAUAUUGUUUGGGUAGUUUUCUAGAAGAAAAAAAAUAUACUUGGCCAAUUUGGGUUAAAAAAAUUGUUUGCUAGUUAGUGACCAGUUACCAUUUCUUGGACCCAAGUCUCUUUGCUGUGGCAUCCAGGCAUCCAUCAUGUCUUUUACCAUAUGCUUUUGAUGGUUUUGUUUUUCUCUCUAAAAUAUUGAAUUGUGAUUGGAUCAGUGGGCAAAGUAAAAAAUUGAAACACUGAAGGAGAUUGUUUGUCUAAGUUGUAGGACUCUGUGUAAUCUGUAACCUCAACCAUUUGUCAAAAUUUUCCUUACAAUUUAGGGACCAGUUAUAAUCCAAUAGGGCAAGGGGUAGUUUUUUAUGUCUGUGAGGGGGAGGGCUUCAUCAGUCCCUCCCUUCCCCCACUCACACACAUAAUGACUGGUCUCCAGUUAAAUAUAACAGCAGAAAACAAGAAACUUUGCUUGACACUAUUUUAUUCUCCAUUUGUGCUGUCCUCUAAAAAGCUAGAAUUAGCUAUUGGAAAAACUUUUUAAUAAAGGGGACAGUUUUUAAAGAAACUGUGGUGCUGCAUUGGCAGGAGAGUAUAACAGGGUAAUUUUACAUUAGUAUUAUCAACUGAGUUGAUAACAUAAAUUGGCUACUGUUAAGAAUUAAAAGGCUGAUGUUUUGAACAUUAGCAAUUCUUCAGAGCACCGAUGAAGGAUUAAUGCAUGAAAUAUCAGCUUUUAAACUCUUUACAAUGGCCGGUUUACAUCAUCAACUUAGCUGAUAAUACUAAACUACCCCACUUAGUUUUUUUUCUCUCAGUUUCAUUUUGCAAGAGGGUAGAUAAAUAGUAUUAGGCACUUAAAAUGUUAAGGAGUUUUAAACAGGAUUUUGUCUUUUUCCUAGCUUGUUCGCACAGUGAAAUAUAUCUUGUGAAUUUUUUUGUUUUCAGACGGGAUCCGAAGUUCUGAAAAACCGUCCGGGAAGCCACAUGCACAUGAUGCAAUUCUUAAAAAACAUGUUUGUAAUUUGUGUGCCAUUUAAAACCGAACUUCUGCUGGAUCUUGCUAUGUACUUGGUGAAACACAAUAAUGAUAUUACAGAAGCACAAGAACUUCUUACAUCAAAACUUUCUCAAAAGCCAUUCAUGUCAAGCCCUGUUCUUCAAGCUUAUGCUGGACUCUUUGCAUAUAUUCAAUGGAAGAAAUGCAAACACAGUAUUGACAAUAGAUAUUUAGAAAACGAUGAUCACAGUGAUAUGGACUUAACAGGAGGUGACAAUAGGACUUAUGCUGAUCUGAAACGUCAAAUGGAUUUUCAUGGGAAGAAGGCUCUGGUUUUUUUCGUCGAUUUAGUCGAACAUUGUGGUGUGUGGGACAUCUUUAUUACAAGACAAGUAGAGAUGUUAAAAUAUUAUGACGUGGCUGAUGAAGCAAAAAGUAUCCUAGUGAAGUACAAGGAGAAAAAUCCUGAAAACCCUAAUUCACAUCGGUAAGACAUUGAUAAAAAUCUAACCCUUUAACUCCCAAGAUCUGAUUAUUAAUUCUCCACUCUAGCUGCUACCAAUUUCCUUGUAAAUUAAAUAGGAGAAUUUGGUGUUAGAUCAAGAUAAUAACUUCUAUCUGAUAAGUCUGAGUAUUCUCAUUACCUGUUUGCUGGAUGAUGUAUCUAUGUGAAAGGGAGAAGUUACAUGUUUAUCAUUUUUGGGAGUUAUAGAGUUAAGUGAAACAAAACAUUUUCUUGUUAAUAUUAUAACUUUCUCCUUGAUAUUUUUCUGCUUGAUGUGGCACUCCUAAUAUAUUACAUAAAAUGGUUUUUCCUGAUACAUUGAAAGCUUUCAAAUGAUACCUGAAUUUCCAGCCAAGGCAACAUGACCAUUUUUCCAUCUUGGAUAAUUUUCUGUUGUAACUCUGGUGGGUGUGUGACUCUGACAAUGAUUUCCACUCAGUUUGUCAAAACGUAAGACACCAUUACUUACAACAAUCCUUUUCACCUUUACACUAAGCCCAGAUAGUCAGGCCACAAAAUCAAAUGAGGCCUGUAUCUGUUGAUGAUAGAUAUUUUGCAAUAAAUAUGCAUACUUUGUAUUCUUCCUGGUGAUUUUAUAGAGAUAUCUAUGUUUUUUUUAACUAAUUUUUGUAGAUAUUUAGAACUGUAGAUGAUAAAUGUUUUGUGAUUGACAUUAAUACUCUUCACUCUUCUUUGGUUGAAUCUUUAGCACAGAGGACCACUAGUUUAUCAUUUACACUGUCAUGUGUUACCCUCUCCAAUUUAAGUUGUUACUUACCUACUUACUUACCCAGAGGUAAGUAAGUAGAGUAUUUGGAUGUCUUAUUGCAUGAAUCCAUGUAGUAAUAAUUUUCAAUGUUUUCACUUUUCAUUUUUAAUAGGUACUUAUAUUAUUUUCUGAAAAAUGAAUGUGCCAGUAAGGAAGAACUGUGUGCAGUUCUUGAAGAUUUGCUGAAUGUUGAUCCAACAAGUGAACUGAGCAAGGAUUAUAUCAAGCUUGCUAAACACAAGAAUGGUAAAAAAUUUUAACACUUUACUCCCUAACAUCAGAACGCAUAUUCUCCCUGCUGACAUGGAGAAUUUAGAGUUUCUUUGGUUGGUGAUCAUUUCCUUCAUUCUCACAACCUUACUGUUUGAUUCAGGGGUGAUAUUGUAAGGAGAAAUUAGAUGCUAGUCACUCUUGAAGGUUGAAGGGUUAAUGUGUGUCCAGAAAAACAAAAAAAUUAACAUGGCCAAAACCAACAAUUUUUUUACAGCGCAAGCUUCUUAACCCUGUGAUCCCUAAGAGUGACCAACAUCUACUUUCUCCUCACAAUAUCAUGCCUGAAUCACAUAUUAAGGACAUGAGAAUUAAGGAAAUGAUCACCAAGUAGAGAAGGUCUUGAUUGCUAAACAAAUUCUCCUUAUCAGCAUGUGAGGAAAUGUUGAGAGAACCCUAUGGAGAAUAUGGAUGAUGAUCUCGGGGUUUAAACGAUUAAAACGUUUCAGUCCAGGUUUGAUUCUCUAACUGUUGUUAAAUUUUGGAUGAUAAGCUCUCACUGUUGAGAUUUCAAAGGGCCACUCAUGUGAUAUUCUUUCCUUUGAUUAUACUGGUGCAUUGUCAAACAACAGUUCAUUUAAAUUGUUUUUUUUGUGCUUUGUUUUUUUCCAGAUCAGUCAAAUGGACUCGUAGAUAUUUUAGGAGCGCUUUUUGUCAAGCUCGACCAUGCAGCAUGUCAAUUUUGUGUCACAGCUUGGAAGAAACUUGCGGCUGCUCUCACUCAGUUCUGCGCAGCUCAUGAUACAAGGGAGUUGAAGAUAUUUUGGGACGAGCGAGCUGAUUGGUGGCCACAGUUUCACUUCCGUCUCAGUCUCGUUCCUAACAAGGAUCACGUGUCUGAACUGGAAUGGAAACUGACUCGUCAUAAGGCCGAGGCUGCCAGGUGGCUCCUUGGACAAGGUGCAUGUUUUGUGUGUGCACAUACAAGCGUUUUAUUGUGCGUGUCAUAAUCACUCUUGUUUAGGAUUUGGGGAAAAUCUUACCAAUAGAAAAACAC